UCUCUCUUCCCUUCUCUCUCUCUAUAGUCUAUACAACGACUUUGGCUUUGUUUCUCAUAUUGUUCUCUGAAAUCAAAGCCUUCGUGGUCAUGAAAGCUUAGCUUCUACAAGCACCCAGAUGGAUUCAGUUGAAGGAAAUAACCAUGGCGAUUGUACUGAAGAUGAAUCUGCUGAGCAUUAUUUUUCCCCAGAAGCUUUGGAUAUAAAUGGUGUGGAUGGCGAUCCUGAGAUACUUCCUAGAGUUGGAGAAGAGUACCAGGUUGAACUUCCCCCUCUAAUAGCUGUAUCUGAUUAUCUUUGCCGUCUAGAGAAUCAAACUGAUGCAGAAACCACAGAUCGUAGUUCAUACAGAUAUCUGUUGGGGUUGCCAAUACCAGUAACAUGGAUCAAUGAGGAAGUUGAAUGUAAGAAAGAUGAACCUUAUGUGGGUAUUAAUGAUGCAGUUGACGCGCCCCAUAAAAAUGAGUCUAUAAAAUCUGAAUAUGUCAGUGAGUUGGUUGUUUCAGAAAGGGACAGCUUAAAAUUCAAAGCUGAGCCCAUGGAUGUUGAGUCGGAUGAGGGACUAAUUUUCAAUGAGCCUGCAAAGUUAGAUGUGAAACAAGAUAUGAUAAUGCCUGAAAAUCAAAGUGGAUGUCCAGUUCCUGGUACCUCGAGUGUUAGUUGGAGUCACAUAGAAGAAGCCAGUUUUCUUCUUGGUUUAUAUAUCUUCGGGAAGGACCUUGUGCUGGUGACGAAAUUCGUUGGUAGUAAACAGAUGGGUGAUAUAUUAUCAUUCUACUACGGGAUCUUUUACAAGUCUAAAAGCUACAGCAGGUGGUCUGAAUGCAAGAAAAUGAGAAGCAGAAAAUGUAUAUUUGGAGAAAGAAUAUUUACAGGAUUAAGGCAUCAUGAGUUGUUAUCUCGUUUGCGUCCUCAUGUGUCAGAAGAAUGCCAAAACACUUUACUUGAGGUGUCAAAGACAUUUGAGGAAGGAAAGAUAUUAUUAGAAGAAUAUGUAUUCAUUCUAAAAUCUAGAGUUGGACUGGAUGCUCUUGUGGAAGCAAUGGCAAUUGGUAAAGGGAAGAAAGAUCUCACAGGAAUUUCCAUGGACACCCCAAAGUCCAAUCGGGCUGUUAGCAGUCGCAGAGAAAUACCAGUUGGCAAAGCAUGCUCUGCACUCUCGCCCUUGGAAAUAGUUGGCUUUCUGACAGGAAAUUUCCGGCUCAGUAAAGCUCGCUCAAACGAUCUCUUCUGGGAAGCUGUUUGGCCGCGUUUGCUUGCUAGAGGUUGGCACUCUGAGCAGCCUAAUCAGGGUCACUUUGCUACUGCUUCCAAGCAUUCAUUGGUCUUUCUUCUUCCUGGGAUUAAGAAGUUCUCCAGAAGGAAACUGGUGAAGGGUAGUCACUAUUUUGACUCGAUAACUGAUGUGCUCAGCAAAGUUGCGUCUGACCCGGAGCUCCUUGAGCUUGAGACAGGAGCAGAUAAAGUUUCCACGAGUAAGAAUGACAAUGGGUGGGCCCAUGAAAGAAAGCCCGACGAAGGUCUCCCAAUCCAGCAACGACACUGUUAUUUGAAACCUCGUACCCCCAGUCGUGGUAUAGACACCAUGAAGUUCACUGUUGUGGAUACGAGUCUGGCCUAUGGGAAAACAUGCAAGGUGAGGGAACUGAGAAGCUUACCAGUUGAGUUGAAUACCUCCAUUUGUAUCUCAAGUAGUGAUUCUGAAGAUGAAGACGAAGAUGCUUCUGAUGAAUCAACAGAGAUAUCUAACUCCGCAGAUACCUUGUGUUCUCGUAGGAAUGAGGUCAAUGUUCCCAAGACCAUAAAGACCAAUUUGGGUAGAAAAGAACCGGAAGAUGGCAAGUAUUCCGAGUAUGGUGCUUCAGAGUGGGAGCAUCAAGCUUUUGGUCCACAUGAGACAAAUGUGGCUAUAAAGAUCCCCAAGGAGAAGAACCUUGAUACAUGCGAUUAUAUGAUUCCUAGAAGAGCUAUGAAGUUCCAAAGGAGCCAGAAAGUGGUGCCUGAAAAUAAAAAAGCAACGGUUGCUGCUUCGAGAAAACGGCAGCGAUUAGCUACUUGUAGUAGCAAAAAGAGCAGCAGGAGCAACAACCACAUCUCGCAAGGUCCCAUGUUACAACAAGAGGCCUGCAACUUUGGACACUAUUCUGAAGUCAGCGAGAAAAAGCUCUCUGCAGUUGAUCCAUCUAGUGAGAGGUUAUCAUCCACCAGUACUACAUCUAGAGGAGGCAGCCCAGUGAUUAGUAGUGAAGCUGUUCUUGGUAGCAACAAUAUGGGUGCGGGACAACCUCAUCAUUGGCCUCAAUUCGACUUGAAUGAAGAACCGAUUUCUUUAGAUGGUGAUAAUGAUGAACCUAUGAUGGAAAGACAACAUGAUGGAACAACCCAGGAACCAGAUGGUCUGCAUACAGUGGAAACAUCUGAAUGUAUGCCUGCUUCUGAGCAACCACUUGCAGUUAACCCUCGGAGACAGAGCACAAGAAAUCGUCCGCUGACCACUAAGGUACUGGAAGCUUUUGCUUGUGGAUUUUUAGACACAAAGCAGACACGGAAGAGUAGGGAUGUCUUUCCUCGGGAAAAAUCCAAAUCCAGACGUUCUCGAGCUAGGGUACGAUUUCCUGACAGUUUUGAUACUAGUGUUGUGGAUUAUAACAUGCAGGAAACCAGUACUGCUGUCCACAGUAGUAAUGCUGAUGGAUACAGUGAGCUUGACAUGGUUUCCCAAUUGGGUUAG